GGAAACUGCAGCCGGCGGUUUCGAACGUCGAAGGGUUUGUGAUCCUGAUGACGCGUAAUCGUGCAGCAGGAAAAAAGGUCGAAUAACCUUCCAUUCGUUGAGACUUCUGCGAGACCGUUGCUCAGUUUUCCUCUCCUUUCUUUAGUUAUAACGGUUUAAAUAAAUGACGUACUUGAAAGUCAAACGGACUUGAGAGUGGAGGAGAAAGAGAUAGCUUGAUCCGGAUUUUGGGUUAUGCCCGGCUCUUGGUGUGCCAUCGGCACGUGUGGAAAUUCCUCUUAUCGCGCUAAGAAACUUGGAAGGACCGACUUGUCGUUUCAUACCUUUCCUAGAGAUCCGGAGUUGAGGGCUGUUUGGGUGUCCAGGUGCAAUAGGUUCACGGGAUGGAAUCCGAAAUCUUCCUACGUCUGCUCAGACCACUUCAAGCCCACGGACUUCAGGAGGAAUCUCAGGGCUGAGCUUAUGGGAUACAAGGAAAGGCAGAGGAAGCUGCAUCCGAACGUCGUGCCCUCCAUCAAUCUAGGAUUCAGUUACGAUAACCGAGAAAUGUAUUCGGACAGCGAAGGCUGCAUCGCUCCACUCGAUUUGCCGCACAACGUUCCGAAAAAGAAAAAGAAGAAGAGGAUGAACGAAGUGGUUGUCAUUGAAAAAAGAGUAUUGCAAAGGACUAUAGAAACAGUGCAAAAACUGAACGACGAGUGUUUGCUUUUUGGAGAAAUGAUAGCACACGAAUAUCGUUCCAUUUCAUCAGAACAUCUUAGGAAAAAGUUGAUCGCUGAUAUACAAGAGGUGGUUCACAAGAUUGCCGAGGAGGAUGAGAACAACGUAUAUCCUGAUAAUGUAAAUUAAGUGAGUUAAUGUUUCAUAUAAUUAACUCAAUUAAUUAAGUCACAAAAUUUUUAUAAAUAUUUAAAUAUCACAGUAAUUAUUUAAUAAAUGUUUUUUAAAUGUAAGUUGACUGUCAAAAUAAGCUUUCUUUUUCAUUUACUAAACCUAAAUAAGGACUGCAUGUCAUACAUGUUUACUACUUUC